UAACUUCAAUUUUGCACCCACUAGGGGUGGCCCAUAAAUGUUCAUUAUACACUUUUCUGCUGAAGUUUGCUUCAACGUCUGUUUAUUUUGGAAAUAAUAAGAUGGCUUAGUUUGAAGUAGGAACUUCACUUCACUCUCUCAAUUCAUUCACAGUUGCUUUGGCAAUGGCAGCUCACAGACUUGCUCUCGUAAUCGAAAGUCCUUCAAAGGGCGAUGAAUUUCUGCUUCUGAAGCAGCCGCGCCCUCCCAAAUUCCACGACGAAGAAUACGACUCUUUCGUCGAUUCCGAUCUCUGGGACUUGCCCUCGGCGCAGUUAAACCUGCUGCCACCAGAUUCAGACCCACCGCUUGUGGUGCAAGUUGCUCCCUCGCAUGCCGAAUUCGAGGACAUCGAUUUGAGGAAAUUCGAUAUCCGUUCGGCACUCAACGAGGUGUUUGGACAAAUAGGGCAUGGGGCGGUUGAAGGAGGAGGUUGGAAGUUCCUUAAGUAUGUAAAGGAAGCUGCCUUUGGACCUGAUUUACCCGUUAACACAGUCUUCAUUGCUGGGAAAUUGGUAGCGGCUGAGGACAAAAACUCUAUAGAUUCAUACAGAUGGAUGUCUAUCCAAAGCUGUGUUAACUGGAUUCAGGAAUUGAAACCAUGUGGAGAUCGGGUUGGACCAUUGGUUGUUCUUGGUCUUAUAAACGAAUCAUCUUUCUCUACAAAGUGGAAAGUCCCACCAUCCAUAAACCAUCAGGAGUACCCACCUGGUGUUAUCAUUAUACCUAUGAGAAGUAGGACAUUAAAGCCUUUUAACACAACAAAUUUGGUGGUGUUUGCACCUGAAAAUGUUCCAAAUAACUCUGAAGAAAAUAAUUUUGUUGCAAGUGGAGAUGCACUCAUAGUUGAUCCAGGAUGCCUAUCUGAAUUCCAUGUAGAGCUAGAGAAAGUUGUCAAUGCUUUGCCAAGACGACUAGUGGUCUUUGUCACUCAUCAUCAUCAUGAUCAUGUAGAUGGUCUCUCAGUUAUCCAGAAGUGCAAUCCUGAUGCUAUUUUGUUAGCCCAUGAAAAGACCAUUCAUCGCAUAAGCAGAGAUGAUUGGUCCCUUGGCUAUACCUCAGUUACAGGGGAUGAAGACAUUGUCAUUGGUGGUCAUAGAUUGAGAGUGAUUUAUGCACCGGGACAUACAGAUGGCCAUAUGGCACUUCUUCAUGCAAAUUCUCAUUCCUUGGUUGUUGGUGAUCAUUGUCUGGGUAAGGGAAGUGCUGUCUUGGAUGCAAGAGCUGGUGGAAAUAUGUCUGAGUACUUCCAAACCACAUACAAUUUUCUGGAGCUUUCACCACACGCUUUAAUACCAAUGCAUGGGAGAGUUAAUGUCUGGCCAAAACAGAUGCUGUGUGGAUAUCUAAAGAACCGCAGAAGUAGAGAAGCUAAUAUCCUGAAAGCAAUUGAAGGAGGAGCAAAAACUUUGUUUGACAUUGUAGAAUAUGUGUAUUCUGAUGUUCAUCGUGGUGCCUGGAUUGCUGCAUCAGCAAAUGUGAGGCUCCAUGUGGAUCAUCUAGCUCAACAACACAAGUUACCAAAGGAUUUUUCAAUCCAGAAGUUCAAAAAUACCUGUGGCCUGCAUUUUUUAUCACGAUGGAUAUGGGCUUACACUAUUGGCAGUUUAUUACAUCAAAUAGGGAGGUCUUCAUUUCUUAUUGGGGGUGUUCUUGUUUGCACUGCUGCAUUGUACUGUCGAAACAAGUUCACUAAAUAAACAGGUGUAUCUCUGAGAGAGUCAUUAUCACUUUGAUGAUCGGGAAGUGGGAUUGCUUAAUGGCACAUGUAUGAGAAGGAAGUAGAGUGUAAAUUGUGAGCUUUGAUGUAACAUGCUAUGAUAUUACUGGAAGAGCACUUCCAGAAGGCGUUUGAGAUGUUCUCAGCGAGUUUGUCAUCCAUUUACUGGAAAAGAGUUUUAAUAUUAUUUUUGGUGCAAUUUGCUU